AUGCUCUCUGUCCUCAUCUCAACCUACACCCCCUUCCCUUCGACUCUCUCCCUGACCUUGCCCGAAUCGACCACCAUCUCUACCCUCCAAACGCUCCUCACGCCCUACUGUCCCCUGCCUCAACAAUCGCUCUCCUCCCACUCCGUCCGCGUUCUCAAACCGACCACCACCUUAUCCUCCUUAGCCUCCACCUCCACCACGAACGAUGUCAGCUCCCCCCUCUUCCUCCGUUUAUCGGUGCGCCUCCCCGGUGGAAAGGGUGGAUUCGCAUCCCAACUCCGUGCCCAGGGCGGUAGGAUGAGUAGCAACAAGGCGACGAACAAUGACAGUUGUCGAGAUUUGAACGGUAGGCGAUUGAGUACGAUAAAGGAAGCUACAAAGUAAGUACUUGAACCCUUUUUCCCCGAACCCAAGAUCCCGCUUAAAAAGGCGUCUAGGGGUUCUUUUCCGACGCUCAACUCUUCUUCGUGUUCGACGAACCUUUCUCAGAUUGGCCGAAUACAUUCAAGCCGCGCCGGAUCGAUUGGCCCAACAAAAGAAAGAAGCUCAGGCCAAACUGGACGCUUUGAACGCCGAAAUCGCGAGGUUGGAUAAAGGGAUUCAUUCCAAACCUUCCACUUCCGCUUCCGCUUCCUCAUCCUCAUCCGCAUCAGCUUCAGCUUCAGGUUCGGGAUUGAAGGGGGGUGGUAUGACGGCGGGUCAGAAGAGGAAGAUGGAGGAGAGCAAGUUCGUGAAAGAGAGCAAGGAGUUGAAUGAAGGGGUGAGGGAUGCGGUAAAAUUGGGUGAGUGGGUUUGAAGAAAUGAAGGAGAGAACAUUUCGAGGGGCUCCGUUGGCUGAUGAGCGGCACCAAACUUUUCCUUCCUUUCGACAGCCAUGAUGAAGAAACGAAAGAAGAACAAGACGGCCGAGACGACCGAGGCGGCGAAUACUGCGACGAGUGGAUCGUCAGAGGAGGAGGACCCAGGGAAGGGCAAGCAGAAGGAAGAGACGACUGUGGAUGCCAAGUGA